GUCGAGGUGACGCACCAAUCGUUUUACGACGGUUUGACCUUCAAGUGCUCAGUGACCUCCACCAGUAGACGUUACCACUAAAGCGUUGAAUUGAUCGUUGCUUUGCUUAUUCCUCUAUCAUAUCAGUACUGUUAUCAUGUUAGUGAAUGGUGACAGUGAUGUAGUGGGAGAAGCUGCUAAAUUUCACAAGCCAGGCGAAAAUUAUAAUUCUCCCGGUUACAUUGUGACAAAAGAUACUAUGAGGUUAUUGAAAGAACACAUGAAGCAAACCGGUGGCAUAGUAGUUACCAGGUUUCCUCCUGAACCAAACGGUAUUUUGCACAUCGGCCACGCGAAAGCGAUCAAUUUUAAUUUUGGUUAUGCAAAGAAACAUGGUGGCAUAACCUACUUGCGAUAUGAUGAUACAAACCCUGAAAAGGAAGAAGCAGAAUUUUUCGAAGCUAUUGAGGACAUGGUUCGAUGGCUGGGCUUUACUCCAUACAAGAUUACUUAUGCCUCGGAUAAUUUCCAACAGUUAUACGAAUGGGCAAUUAAGUUAAUCAAAUUAAAGUUAGCUUAUGUUUGUCAUCAGGCCGUAGAAGAAAUACGAGGUUUUAAUCCACCAGCUUCGCCCUGGAGAGACAGACCGAUUGAGGAAUCCUUGCGACUGUUUGAGGAUAUGAAAAACGGCAAGAUUGACGAAGGUAUGGCUACUUUACGUAUGAAAGUGACAUUGGGCGAUGGGAAAGUGGAUCCAGUAGCUUAUCGCAUCAAGAUGACUCCCCAUCAUCGUACUGGUACUGAGUGGUGCAUUUACCCUACUUAUGACUAUACACAUUGCUUGUGUGAUUCCAUUGAGAAUAUCACACAUUCAUUAUGCACUAAGGAAUUUCAGUCACGACGUCCUGCGUAUUAUUGGCUUUGUAAUUCACUAAAUCUUUAUUGUCCAGUUCAGUGGGAAUAUGGUCGCCUCAAUUUGUAUUAUAGUGUGGUGUCUAAGCGCAAAAUUUUAAAGCUGAUAGAAGCCGGUAUUGUUAAUGACUGGGAUGAUCCACGGUUAGUAACUUUGACAGCACUCCGUCGUCGUGGAUUUCCACCUCAAGCUAUUAAUAUGUUUUGUGAACGUAUUGGCGUUACUAUGGCUCAAACAAUCCUUGAUCCUUCUGCUUUAGAUGCUUGUGUACGGGACUAUCUGAAUGAUCAUGCACCACGUGUGAUGGCUGUUUUAGAGCCAAUAAUAGUAACUAUUACGAAUUGGCAUGAACUGUAUGGCGAUAAGUCUUCUGUCGAGCUUACAGUUGCGGAUUUUCCUGCUAUUCCAGACAGUAAGACUCAUAGUGUCCUGUUGCAACAGGAGCUGUACAUAGAAAAUACAGACUUUCAAGAAGUUGCUGAGAAAGGAUAUCGUCGUUUAACACCUAAUCAACCAGUUGGUCUUCGUUACACGGGCCUUGUUUUAGAAUUUUCCGAUUUAAAAAAAGAUUCCGAUGGGGAAAUAUCUCAUUUAUUUGUGAAAGCCCAGAAGGUAGAGGAUACUACUAAGCCAAAAGCUUUUAUACAUUGGGUGUCCAAUCCUUUGCAGUUUGAAGCUCGACUUUAUGACCGAUUGUUCACCGUCAAGGAGCCAGAAAGCGAAAAGAAUGGAUUCUUGUCUGUGAUUAAUAAAGUAUGUCCGAAUACAUUUGUAUCAUUUUUACUAUGUUUUUCUUGUUUUUGUGCAGACAGGUUAGUUAGGCCGUUAUACAAGUUCAAGAGAAAUAUUAAAUCAGUUAUGUGAUAGCAAUUGAUAAUCAGUUUAGUCUACAAAUUGUACAAGCAUCUCUCCAUUUAAUGAUAAGAUUGUUCCUAAAACUCACUGGUAGCACUUAAUCAUUAAGCAUAUGCUUAAUGCAAUAGAUUUUGCAUGUUUUCAUCGACACCAUACAAGUAAGAAAAUCAUACAAUACCAGUCUGUUCACAUUACUGAACGAUAUCUUUGAAACCUUUUUGAGACAUCCUUUUUCAUCAGUUUUGGAUAGAUACUCUUAGUCCUGGUAUAUUGCAGUAUUUCCUGAUUUACUCAAAUUUAAUAGACAACCACGUAUUGGAAUCGAUCCCAGUGAAUUUUUUCAGCUAAUUACAGUUGAUACUUAAGCGUUUCCUCAGAUCAACGUUUUGUAAGACUUGUAUUGUGUUUUGUUUUAUUUUGCAGUAAUAUUUAUUUAUACUUACCAAUGAGCAUUAAGAAAAUCAGUAUAAAUUAAUUUGGCUAAACUGCAAUUAAAUCACAGUGUUUCGUUUGGAUGUCUUUUCUCUAACUUCUUAGCCAUAAAUAAUAAUAGUUUGAGGUGUAUAAACUAUAGUUUCAUUCCACAACGAUUCUAUGUUUUCCUUUUCUUGUAUAUGUAUGUAUGCAAUAACUGCAAUGUUUAUGCUUCUCUAGGGUGGCCACAAUUUCCAGCAGAAAGAGAUCUGUCCCAACUGUUGAAGAAAAGGGGUUGAAGCUUUCGUUUCUAAAUACUACAUAUUUACCUAAACUUAUUAAAGGAGGAAGUUAAUUCACUGUUCUAGAAAUGAUAUGUAAAUCACUCACUUUAUUGUAGUUUUUUAAGCAUAUUAAAGCCAUGCUUCUUAGAGUCAUAUAUAAGGUAUUGUGAUUACUAGCUUUUUGUAAAUUUCAGGUUGAUUUCUGAAGACUUCUGAUUUUUUAUCGACAUUAACCCAUUAAACUAUGUUGGCAACCAUUGUGUUAUGUACUUUCGCACUUGCUUUUCAUCAUAAGAUUAUAAUAUUCCGUCUAGUAAAUGGAUUUUCAGUUUUCAUUUACGUGCUACCAUUAAGUUUGUUUUAUUCAUUACCAGUUGUUUUUAAACUAUUCAUUAAAUUUAUGAUUUUUUGCCUUGAAUUGCAACUAAAUAUUUUUGCGGUAUUGGUGUUUUUUGGAUCAAACAUUUUGAAUAAUUAUGCACUGAUUAUCGAGGUCGAUAAACCUCAAUGGUUAUGCUCCACAUGAAUGUCUAAUAAAAUUCAACGAGAAACUAUCACUUAUUGUUAAUAGUUCAGUAUCGAUAGUGUAUUGAGAAGAUAGAGUCGAUCUGGAAAAUUCGAUGUAUUUCCACAGUUAUCUUUUUGUAAAAACUAAAUAAUUUUCAGCUUUCGUAUAAAAUACCGUCAUGAGAUUUUUCGAAGUGUUGCGCAAGCACAUUAGUUUUUUUCCAGGUCACUUUUGUCUCUUAAUAAACUUCAAAUUGUAUUUAUUUGUAUAACCAAUUUUCGAUUACGUGGACUAUACGCAACUAACUUUCACAUUAUUCAGAAUUCAUUAGUCAUAAUUCCGGGUGCUUUGAUUGAACAGUCUGUCAAAAAUGCUGAGGUUUACACUGCCUAUCAAUUUGAACGUAUGGGUUUCUUCUCUGUGGAUCCUGAUACUAACUCAGAACGUGUAAGUCCUUUAUUCUCUGGCAGGUAGUAUUUGUACUGUUUACUAUAAGAAGAAUCUCAGGUAAACCUUAAAAAGACUACAACAUAUAGUGAUUUUGUUUUACAUCUUUGAAUUCUUAACACCUUGUUUUCAACUCAUUAUUUAGAGUAAACUUGAGUGUACACCUGAAUUACAUCUAUCUAGUAAACUAUAAUUCACAAAUGAUUACUAAUCUAAAUGGUUCCCUGUAUUUGAGUUUAAAAAUUUAGAUAGUAACGUCUACUUUCAUAAAAUUUGUAACUCAUGGUCUAACAUUUGCUCAUUUGUAUUAUCGUCAAAUGAGUACCAUUGUAAAGUACUGAUCUAUGGAGAAAGAAUUGGCUUUUGUUUAUUCUGAAAAAAUAAGACGGUUUUACUUUCACUGUAAUCAUCUUUGUGCGCCACAUCAUUAUUGCUUCCCUAUGUUUCUAUUUUGUUUUAGAUGGUUUUCAAUCGAACUGUUGCUCUAAAAGCCGAUCCUGGUAAAACAAUUUAACAUCAAACAUGUAUAGUGUUAUGUAACUUGUAAUACACUUCUUACGUUGG